AUGGCCUCACCCACCAUCGAUCUCUCUGCGUCCGCGAAGAGCAGACCGAGACCCUCCUCCCGUGUCCCGUCGAGCAAUGCUGUCAUCCCUGACCAAGCAAGUCCCGCCCUCACCCGCACCGCCGUCUCGUUAGAGUAUGCCGCCCUCAGGUACUCCGGGCACUGCCCGCUUGGCAUGUAUGUCACGCCGUCCACCGGCGAUCUGCUUGUCUGGGACGCAGUCUUCUUCGUACACCAAGGGUACUAUGCAGAUUCGAUUCUCAAGUUCCGCCUAACGUUCCCGCCGAAUUAUCCUGAGCGCCCGCCUAUUGUCCAGUUUCUGACCGACGUGUUUCAUCCGCUGAUAUCACAGCAAGAUGGCACAUUCAACCUUGCACCGCGCUUCCGUCUGUGGAGACCAAAAGAACAUCAAAUCUUCGACGUUCUGCACUGGGUCAAGGCGGCGUUCAAAAAGCAUGCCCUGGAUGACAUCAAGGAAGCUGAUUGUCUGAACAAAGAAGCCUACAGAUACCAUGACACGACGUCUUCUUUCGCCGCGCUAGCCACCCAGUCGUCCAUGCUCUCACAGUCAGCGUCAGCCCUAUUCGACCGAGACCAUCCGUCCAUGGCUGGCAAAGGUUCGCAUAGCAUACACUUCCGCGAGCUCAAGUCCGAGCAGCUCGACAACCUCCGCGCCAAGCUUGGCCUGCAAGACUGGGGCGAAAUCACGAUCCCCUGA